AUGGAUCCCAUUAUCUUACUUUUCUGUACAAUCUUCUUUGCAGCCAUUUCCCUUGGAGUCCUCUUAUACUCCAAAAAUCCUAAUGCUUCUCACCCGAACCUUCCACCAGGCAGGAUGGGCUUGCCAUUGAUCGGUGAAAGCCUUGAAUACCUCUUAACGGGUCGAAAAGGUUAUCCUGAGAAGUUCUUAAAUGAUAGAAUGGCAAAAUACUCUUCACAAGUCUUCAAAACUUCAAUACUAGGAGAAUCUAUGGCCGUUGUUUGCGGAGCAGCUGGCAAUAAAUUCUUAUUCUCCAAUGAAAACAAGCUUGUCACUGCCUGGUGGCCAGAUUCUGUAAACAAGAUUUUCCCUUCUUCUACACAAACAAGUUCGAAAGAAGAAUCAAAGAAGAUGAGGAAAAUGCUACCUAAUUUUCUUAAACCAGAGGCCUUGCAAAGAUACAUAGGUAUGAUGGACAACAUUGCGCAAAGGCACUUUGAAGCGAGUUGGGAAGGCAAGCAAGAAAUUACAGUGUUUCCACUUGCAAAGAGAUAUACCUUUUGGGUUGCUUGCAAAGUAUUUUUAAGCAUAGAGGACCCAGAGCAUGUUUCCAAAUUUGCCGAUCCUUUCAAUGCCUUGGCUUCUGGAAUAAUUUCUGUCCCCAUAAACUUACCAGGGACACCUUUCCGUCGUGCUAUAAAUGCUUCAGAAUUGAUCAGGAAGGAAUUGAUGGCAAUCAUUAAGCAAAGGAAGAUUGAUCUUGCGGAGAAUAAAGCAGCCCCCAAUCAAGAUAUUUUGUCUCAUAUGUUGCUUGCGACAGAUGAAAAUGGGCAGUACUUGAAUGAAUUGAACAUAGCUGACAGGAUUCUUGGUCUGUUGAUUGGUGGACACGAUACUGCUAGUGCUGCCAUUACUUUCAUUAUCAAAUAUCUUGCUGAGCUUCCUGACAUCUACAAUGAGGUUUACAAAGAACAAAUGGAGAUUGCAAGAUCAAAAGAACCAGGGGAGUUGCUAAACUGGGAAGACAUUCAAAAGAUGAAAUAUUCCUGGAAUGUUGCGUGUGAAGUGAUGAGACUUGCUCCUCCACUUCAGGGUGCUUUCAGAGAGGCCAUCACUGACUUCACAUUUUCUGGUUUCUCCAUUCCUAAGGGCUGGAAGUUGCACUGGAAUGUCAAUUCAACACACAAAAACGUGGAGUGCUUUCCAGAGCCAGAAAAGUUCGAUCCUACAAGAUUUGAAGGGAAUGGACCAGCUCCUUAUACAUUUGUUCCAUUUGGAGGAGGGCCAAGAAUGUGUCCCGGAAAAGAGUAUGCCCGUCUUGAGAUACUUGUUUUCAUGCACAAUGUGAUGAAAAGGUUUAAUUGGGAAAAGCUGUUACCUGAUGAGAAGAUAAUAGUGGAUCCAUUGCCAAUGCCAGCGAAAGGACUCCCUGUCCGCCUCCUUCCCCAUAAACCAUAAACUUAUUGCUUCUACUUCUACUUUAGCUUCUCAAGAGAAAUAGGACUUUUAUCAACAAAAUAACAUGGAUAGUGAGGCACUUGUUUUGUAGAUAGCUGCGCAGUACUAGCUCUAACGCAUAGCAAGACAAUUGCCCUGGGCAUUUCUCAUUCUCUUGUAUCUCAU